CGGGUACUUGCUCGGCAAUCUCCCCCAAGCACAUGCCGCGUUGAACGCGUUCCCCGCCGGGCGCAGCAGCUUCAUACGCUGCCCCACCGCCGCAGCGGGACCGCCACACCGUGCUCGGACACCAAUCGAUCGGGUCCGGCAGCGCCGCCGCGGAUCGGUGUGAGGAGGAGUGUCUGUAUACCGCAGAGGGCGUGCAAAGGCGUACGCGUACCAGGCUCAAGCGGCACUCGUGUCGAGGACCGCAGCGAUGGACGAGUCCAAGGACGACGGUGUAGAGGACAUUGAUGCCAAGGCGUCUGAAAACGACGAGGCGCCGAUCGACGACUUCGGGCGCCGGGCGCGGGCCAACGUUUCCGUGAGAAGACCCAUGGAAGAGGAGGCCAAAAUCCCCGUGCCGAACCGCUUCCACAAGACGGUCGUGCACUACCCGGGGUGUGUCAUGUUCGUGACCGGUCUGAUCGCCGUCGUCCUCGCGGGCCUCGCGUUCGGCGCCGGCGAGUCGGAGCUCGGCGGCUCCUUCACGGACAUCAGCAACAUAAAAGUAAGGCGCCUCUACGGCUUCUUCGCCUUCCGCGAGGACUACUGGAAGGCGACGGGCCGCGAGGACUACUGGCGGCGGCGGCUGUCCUCAGAUAGUGUCUUGAGCAAGAACCACGGCGUGUCCAAGGCGACGCUGGCGCGGAUCCCCGUCAAGACCACAAGGUCCACGAAAAGGCAGCAGAGGCGCCGCCUCGACGCCCACGAAGAUACUACAGACCACGGCGCACCUAGACGAGAGGAGGACUGCCGGUUCUCCGUUGUUGUGAGAGCUAGGAAGUCGGGCGAUAUACUAGGGAAGGGUUUGUCUACGUUACGGAGGAUCCACCGGCGCCUCACGCACACCGAGGGUUAUGAUGAUUACUGUUUGAGUGAGGACGGUGGCGCGACGUGCGUGCCACCGACGUCAGUCUUCGAGGGCCUCGCGAAUGCACCACCUCCUCUAGCAACGUGCGCGAACAACACCUGUGGCGCGUAUUUAGAUGCAUCAUUACCAACGUGCGACGACCACUUCGGCAGUGUAGAUCAGUUCGCGACAGAUGCCUUCGGGCCUCUUUGUGAAUCUACUGAUGUCUACCGCACGUCCGUCAAUAUAGGAAAAGGCCGCAAGAAAAGUUUCCAGUACGACGUCGCGGGUUCUGCGUCGGACGAAUGCAUGACCGUCGUCGCGGCGCAACGCGCGUUCACGGUGGGCGGCGGCUGGGACUGUACCUCCAACAAAGCGACCUACGCCAAGAUCACGUAUGCGACGGGCAUGCCGUUAUCUAGGUGCGAGGGCGACUGCUGGGACGAUGCUGAGGAGGAGGAAGUGGAGGAGUGGGCUAUUGGUACUAUGAUGCCCAGGUUACAUAAACUACGCACCAAGUUACACGACGGCGAAAGCUUCAAGGAGGCGGAUUAUGACUUAGUGUUCGACGGAGCUUGCUAUUUCAUCGAUUACUACCUCGCGAACGACCAGCAGAAACUGCUGAUUGCCGUGAUCAUCGUACUUAUCGUCUUGAUCCUGCAGACCAAGUCCGUGUGGAUCGCGUGUUGCGGGUUAUUUGAAAUCGUCAUCAGCUUCCCGAUUGGGUUAUUUGUGUGGGUGGUGAUCAUGCAGCAGGACUACGUGACGUACCUCAUGUACAACGGGGUGUUUAUCAUUCUAGGCAUUGGGUGCGAUGAUAUAUUUGUGCUGAUGGACGCGUGGAAGCAGAGCGCGAUGCAUCCGGCCCGCGAGGUGAGAGAAUCGCUGCUGUUGAGGUUCACGUGGGCCUACAACCGGGCCGCGUCGGCGAUGCUCGCGACGUCGGUGACGACCUGUGCGGCGUUCGUGGCGUGUGCCGUCUCGCCGAUCUGGGAUAUCCAGUGCUUCGGGGUCGUCAGCGCUGUGAUGGUCUUCGCUGAUUACCUCCUAGUGAUCACGUUCCUACCGGCGGCCUGCAUCGUGCGAGAGAGGUACUUCCCGCAACAGUGCAAGGACUGCGGCACCAAGGCGUGUUUGAAAUCAUCACCGGUCGGUGCAGCGCCGUCCUCCGACGACAAGGUCGACGAGGUGCGACCGCCGGACGCGAAGAAACCGAGGCUCGUCGAACGGUUCUACGGCGGCCCCUUCGCCGACUUCAUCAUUAAGGGCAAAAUACCCCUUACAAUCCUAUUCUGUGGCAUCCUCGUCAGUUCCAUGAUUGUGUGGAACCUGCUGCUCGUGCGAGCCACGUCCGCCACGGACUGGUUUGUAUCAGACCACCCCUUCACCUUACACGACAAGGCCACGAAGUACAAGUUCCUGGAGGAGCGCACGGACGAGAAGGAGUCAUCGUGGCUCGUCGCCGGCAUCAGCGAGGACGACCCCUGGGCCCUGACGGGCGGCGCGCACCCGGCGUGCGUCGAGGGCGAGACGCUGGACGGCAAGAGUUGCAUGGGCUCGGCGAAGUACAAGGGCUUUGACCUUGCGAAGCACCAGCAGGCGUGGAUCGACGCCUCCACCGCUUAUGAGGACGAACUCCGGGCUCAGGGCGCCUCGCCACACUAUGAAUCAGGACACUACAAUUUCAUGAUCGACUUCAAGAACUAUGUACUUCAUCAAAAUCUGACCUUUCCCUACUCGCCAGACGACAACGACGCCUUCGUGGCGAAGCUGAUCGAGUUCCGGGACUCGUGGGAGCCGCCCUACGGCUGGUUGCACCUCGGAGGUCAAAGUGAAUACCCGGGAGACCAGACGGGCUUCCACGUGGAAGGUAACACCAUAAAAGCGGUGUUUGCGGGCUUCAACACGACGCGAGACGUGGACCGGGACUCGUUCGACGAGUUGUACGACGUGCACGAGGGCGCGCGCGCGGCCCUGAAGAAGGCCAAACAGUUCUUGGGAGGACACAUCUACCAGGUGACGUACUACGACGACUGGAUGGUGGCCUCAAAAGCAUUUUAUGAUAGUAGUAGAAUAAACAUCGUCACGGCGUUCGCCUUUGCGCUCAUCAUCAUGCUCUGUGCGACCGCGAACUGGAUCGUUACUCUCAUAGCGUUUGGGUCAUUAGUGACCACCGUAUCAACGACAUUGGCGCUGAUGGUCUUCUACGGCUGGGAACUGAACGUGAUUGAGUCAAUUGAUGUUUCCAUCGCCGGGGGCAUGGCCGUCGACUAUGUUUUACACAUGUCGCACGCCUACAAUCAUCAGGAUCCCACCUUGACAUCUUCUGAAAGAGUGAGACUUGCGAUGGGCGAGAUGGGUAUAUCUGUCUUAUCAGGGUGCAUUACGACGUUCGGCGCGUGCUGCGCCCUAUUUAGUUGCGACUUGCUCUGGUUCAAGAUGUUCGGCUACUUCAUCUGUACCUUGAUCAUGUCCUCAUUUGUUGUCAGCAACUUCGGGAUGAUGGCUUUGUUGGCGCUGUGCGGUCCCACGAAUGGCAAGGGCGACGUGGCCUUUCUGAAGGACCCGCGGGGGUACAUCCAGAAGCUGCGGGGCGGGGCUCCGGCGGAGGCGGUCGAGGCGAAGGAGGCGCCGUAGUGCACACUAGUACAUACUAAUUAUUUGGGGUUG